AUGCUCCUCCUCGGCCGGUGCGCGCUCCUCAGCGCGUUAGCGUGGGGGCAGCAGCGCCCCCCCCGCAGCGGGCCGAAGGCGCGGCGGUCCAAGGGGCGGCGCGGCGGCGCGCGCCGGCUCGAGGACACGACCGUGCCGACGGCCGUCCCGACGUCGCACCCAACGCCCACGUUCCAGCCGACGGCCGUGCCGGCGACCGCGCCGACGGCCGUGCCCACCGCGCUCCCGACGCCGGUGCCUACGAUAUUCAAACCGUCGAGCGAGCCGACGUCGGCGCCGAACUCGGUGCCGACGUCGCCGACGUCCGUGCCGACGUUCGUGCCGACGGCCCAGCCGACGUCGGAGCCGUCGCCCGCGCCGUCGCCGGCCCCGACGGGCGUUCCGACGGAGCAGGACCCGACGCCCGCGCCGACGUCACCGCCAAGCGCGGUGCCGACGUCGCCGACGAGCAAUCCGACUCUCGUCCCGACGCCCGUCCCGACAUCGACGCCGACGUCGGAGCCGACGCCGACGUCGGAGCCGACGCCGACGGCGUUUUCCCGCAAGCCGACCGGCGUCCCGACGUUCGUGCCGACGUCGGCGCCAACGCCCACGUUCCAGCCGACGACCAAUCCGACCCCCGAUCCGACUCUCGUGCCGACGUCCGUCCCGACUCUCCCGGCAACCGCCCCGACCUCGGUGCCGACGGCCUUGCCGACGGCCGUGCCGACGCCCCUGCCGGCGUGCUGCGUCGAGCACCAGUUUAGCGCCACCGGCGAGGUGGAAGGCACGACGUGCUACGGCGGCCGCUCGCCGUGGGACGCCGCCACGAUGACCGACCUGUGCACGGCGGGUUAUUCGGAGUACGGCGCGGCGGCGCCGCCCUUCCGCGAUUGCAGGCAGGAGGCGGUUGACUCGGGGAACUGCGGGACCGGCGACUGGGACACCUGCGCGGAGUGUCCGGAUGCGGGUAACACUGGGAAGUACUUCGCGAACGUCGGCUACUCGAUGUGCCCCGACUGGGUGGUCGACGCCAUGAACGCGGAGGGGGCCGCCGGCGGCCAGUGCGCGGCUUGGGUCCGCGACGGCGGGACCGGCGCAUUUACGAGCAGCUGCACGAGCUGGUUAUCGGCGCACGAGCGCUGCCACGACGCGCAUGCCACGGGAGACGACGUGAGCUGCUGCGUCGGGAGCGACAUCCGGGCGACGUGUCAGUGCGCCUCGGACUACGAGUGGUGGGACGACCGCCGGCUCUCCGCCGUCGACAAGCCGCGGCGUCUGGGUCACUGCUGCGACUACGGUGCGUACUGCUCUUGCAUGGAGUCGGAGCUCGGCGCCGGCUGCACUGCGCCCGACUGCGGCGGCGACUGGGACGAGGACGACGAGGAAUGCGACAUCGAGACGUCCGGCGACCGCAGCUCCUCGCCAAGCGGCACGACGAAUCACGGCGCCGGGAGCGGGUGGUGCUACAGCGACCUGGACGACCACGUGGGCUGCGCGGCGUCGCCGGGCGACUGCUGGGCGAUGUGCCUAGGCUACUACGGCGACGGCCUGGUGGCCAUCGACUGGUGGUCGGAUGAGGGCGGCCAGUGCUACUGCCAGUACGACUGCGAGUGCAUGGAGGACGUCGGCGACGGCGCAGGCUACACUGUCACGCGCGACUCGAGGGUCGGCGCGCUGCCGCACGAGUGUGGCCCCGACGAGGGCGAUGGCGACCAUGACUGGUACGAGGACUGGAUGUGGGAGAACGGCUGCCGCCCGGACUACUGCACGUCUACCGACGGCGGAUAUGGUUACGACUGCUGCGCCUCGAUGAACUGGGGCGAGCCGGCCACCUGCGCGAACGGCUACUCGCCAUGGCCGCCGAGUCCGGGCGACGACUGCCAAUACACGUGCUGCCCGAGCGCGACCAGCUGCGAGUACGUCGCCGGCCAGCCGUUCGUCCUUGUGGCGUUUGAGCCCGAUCCAGCCACCCAGGCAAUGUUGGGCCUGGCAGACGGGGAGUUCUCGGUGGGCCUGAAUGAUGCCGACAAAAACUACAUCGCCGACGAGACUCCAAACGUCCACAGCAACACAUUUUUCACGGUGCAAACGACGGAGGGCACGAAGAUGCUUCAGGUCUGUUCGAACCCGACGUGCCCCGACGGCAGCGCCGCGACGUGCUGCGACGUCGAUGGAGACUGCGAGGACGGCGACGACGACUACUGCUGCGGCGCAGACUACUACUGCUCGAACGACGGGGCCGAAUACGCGGCGACCAUGGGCGGCGUGCUCUGCUGCUCGCUCGGCCACGCGAGCGGCGGCAUAACUUUCCCGGAUAUGCCGGACGAGUGGACGACGGACGCGACGCGGCCGCCGUCCAUCGACGAGGACUUCCUCAUCAACGUCGGUCUGCACGUUCACUGCCAAGAGUACGCGUCGGGGGCCAAGGCGCUAGCGAUCGGGAACGCGGGCUCCGCCGGGAGCUGGGUCGUCAACGGUGACGGGACAAUUUCGCCGCAUGAUGCCCCGCACCUCGUGCUCGUCUGGGGCGACUUCACCACGGCCUCGUGCUGGGAGUCCGCGACUGGGUACAUGGACCCGCAACCGAACAACCUAGUCCUCAUGGACUCCGCGACGGCGCUCGGUUGCGAGGCCGCGAGAGAGGCCGAUCCUGCCCAGAUGUGCGCGCCGGUCUUCCGCGCGAGAGGCGUCGACUGCGAUCACGCUGGCCACGACCAUGGCAGCACCUGCGACGGCCUCCACCUCGAGGCCGGGGUGGGCGAGGUCUGCAACUGGGCGCACGGGGAGACGCACGGCUGCCCGAUCGCGAACGUGCCGCGGCACCGGUGGGAGUCCGACCUUUGGUCCUGCGACCAGCUGUGCGGGGAAAUUGGCGGGCGGUGCAACCGCGCGGCUUACAUGAGCAACAACCACUGCGGGUCGGACGUGACCGAGCAGUUCGAAUUCUCGUGCUGGGACCACGUCAACGGAAUGGGGGCUUGGGUCGAGGACUUCGAUCCGGAGCACGCGCUGUGCUGGUGCGCGGCCGACGACACGGACCACUGGUGGCACUACUACGACGAAGACGACGACGACGACGACGGGUUAGGCGGCGGCUCGGAGCUCGUCAUGUCCGGCGGCCUCGUCGCGAUCGGGCUCACGUUCACGGGCAUCACCAUCGCGACCAUCGCGAACCUGAUGCAGGAGCAGUGCGCCCUGGGCCCGACGAUCAUCUUCGAGGCCGGCACCACCCACCCCUACUACAUCAGCCCCAACCUCUGCACCAUCGGCACGCACACGUACGCCUCCAAGAAGACCGUGCGCGACGCGUCGCCGCGCACGGUCUGCCGCAAGUUCUGCGAGGCCGCGUCCGCCGCCGGGAAGCUGGCGCUCAAGCACGUCCAGGGCCUGACCUGCUACUGCAAGCGGCGGUAG